AUGGCCAACUCCAAAAAUCCCUCUUCUCAGUCGAAAUUGAUCGCAAUCACCGGUCCUACCGGGGUUGGGAAGACAACGUUCAUCAACCUCGUAACCGGUUCAUCUCUGAAAGUAGGCACAAGCUUGCAGUCGUGCACGGACAAGAUACAAGUGGCACGAUGCAUCAUGGGCGGCGAGCUCAUCACGCUGAUCGAUACGCCUGGAUUCGACGAUACGUUCAAAUCGCAAGCUGACGUAUUGAAAGAUAUCGCCGACUUUCUCGAGCAAACGUAUGAGAAAGGGCGGAAACUGACCGGAGUCAUAUAUAUGCAUCGUAUAUCCGACUUCCGCGUGGGCGGCAUUGCCAGAGAAAACUUUCGGCUCUUUACCAAGAUAUGUGGUGACGACGCCAUGAAGAACGUAAUCAUCGUCACGACGAUGUGGGAAGAUGUACCUGAAGACGUCGGCGAGAGAAGGGAACGAGAGCUUUCUAGUAAACCCAUCUUUUUCAAAGAUGCCAUCGAUAACGGAGCACGAAUGAUGCGACUUCGACACGAUCACAUCUCAGCCGAAAAUGCCAUUAUUCCCUUCCUUCGCCGAGCUCCAGAAGCGCUGCUGAUGCAGCGCGAACUUGUUGACCAGCGAAAGCAGCUCCCCAACACAGCAGCCGGCAUCGAGCUGCGGUCGGAGCUUGAGGAGCAGAAGAAGCGGCAUCGCAAAGAGAUGCAGGAGCUGCGACGAGACAGGGAUGACGCGAUGGCGAAGAAAGAUGCUGUUCAUCGGGAAGAGAUGCGCACGAUACAAGACGAGUAUGAGAAGUUGCAGAACCAGCUACGCACUGUUCAAGAAGAACUGCGCAGACUCAAAUCCAAGGAUCGAACGCAGAAGCCCAAGGGGAAGUAUUCGUUGACGAGGGCAGGCGGCAUGAUACCAUCGAAUGAUGGCUCUACGAAAGUGAUAUACGUCACCAGGUACAGACGCGGGUCUGGAUGUCUCAGUGGUGAUGGUUUUGAAUUGUAA